GAGAGAAGAGCCCAGAGAGGGAAGGGGUGAAGGAUCCAAAAGUCACUGUGAGCUGAGUUCUCCUGGAGGUAUCUCCAAUUCUAAGUUUGCUUUGCAAGAGAGAUCGGAAGCAGCUUUUUUCUGUCUCUCCCAAUUCCCUGCUUGCGGCUUCUUGGAAGAUCAGAAAGAAAGAAAAGAAAGGGGGAGUUCUAAAGAACGUGAAAGUUGGAGCUGACAGUUGCCAGAUCCAACAGUGACGUAAGCUGCAAGCUCAACUCGCUCGCUUGCUUGCUGGGGACAAAGUUUCUCUCACUCAUCUUAGAAACAUGGCCAGCUGUGUGUAGCACCUCCGGCAGGUACAAGAUCACAGACCGUGACCCACAAUGUGGAGGGCCCUAUUUUCCGCUUUGUACCUGCUGGGCGUUUUCCUUGAGAGCUGCAGAGGACGGAAGCUGCCAGCCUUUCAAGAAGGGGAGAAGUGUCCGCUACUGAAGAAAGAAAGUCUCCGGCUGGACCACAGCAGUGAUGAAUUCGUAAAUAUAACUGGAUUUAAUCUAAUCAAGAGGUUUGGUCUUCUGAAGACCUCAUCGGUUAAGAAAAUACGCAAUCCCAAAGGUCCGAUGAUCCUCCGAUUAGGCAACAGUUCCUUGGUUCAUUCGGCGAAACAGCUGUUCCCCCGGGGUUUGCCCGAUGAAUUCACUUUGAUCAUCACUCUACUCUUGAAGAAGCAGACUACCAAAGAGAACUGGUAUCUCUUCCAGAUCACUGACCCUCAGGGAUACCCCCAGUUCCCUUACAAAGACAGCCCUGUGACAAAACAGCUGUUCCCCCGGGGUUUGCCCGAUGAAUUCACUUUGAUCAUCACUCUACUCUUGAAGAAGCAGACUACCAAAGAGAACUGGUAUCUCUUCCAGAUCACUGACCCUCAGGGAUACCCCCAGCUCUCCCUGGGGAUCAACAGCAAAGAGCGGAGUCUGGAGUUCCAGGCCAAGGACCAUCACGGGGAAGCGAUUGGCGUAGUCUUUGCUGGCAAAGGCAUCACCUCCCUUUUUGACUUGAAGUGGCACAAAAUGGCAGUCAGCAUUCAAAGCCAGGUGAUCUCGGUCCAUGUCGACUGCAGUUACAUCUCAUCAAAGCCUCUGCAGCUGCGCCAGCGGUUGGUCAGCGAAGGCAACGCAUUCGUGGGGCUGGAGGCAGUGCAUGGGACUCCGGUGAUGUUUGACAUUCAGCAGCUGCACAUCUACUGUGACCCAGCCAUGGCAAUGCAUGAGGGAUGUUGUGAGAUCUCCGACAAUGGGUGUUUUCCGGAAGCCUCCAAAACACGUCGGGAUGUAGAAGUUAUGGAGAACAAUGAAUUGAUUGAGAUCAAUCCCCAAACAGAAGGCAAAGUUUACACACGCUGCUUCUGCCUAGAAGAACCUCAAAACAAGCAGGAGGUGAGAGCCUCUGGGAAGGUUACUAUGAAAGGAGAUCAAGGAGAAAAGUGUCCUCCAUGUGAGAAGGGGUCAUCAUAUGCAAAUGCUACCUUGGGUCCUCCUGGUUUGAAGGGUGGGAAAGGCGAACGGGGAUCUCCAGGAAUCUAUGGAUCCAAAGGAGAGAAAGGUGAUCGUGGUGCUGACUGUGUCCGGAUCUCACCUGAGGCUCCAUUACAGUGUGCCGAAGGCCCAAAAGGGGAGAAGGGAGACACAGGAGGAAAGGGGCUUCAAGGAUUGACCGGAGCUCACGGGCAGAAAGGCCAGAAGGGUGAGAAAGGUGACUUUGGACUUCACGGGAAACCAGGUGCCCCUGGGCGAGAUGGCCGACCUGGAGAGCUGUGUUUGGUAGGGCCUAAAGGCCAAAAGGGUGAUCCAGGUUUUGUCGGCCCCGAAGGGCUUGCUGGAGAACCGGGACCUCCAGGGUUGCCAGGCCCAUCUGGAAUUGGCCUUCCAGGGAAACCAGGUGAUCCUGGUGGCCCCCCAGGUUUGCCAGGAGAAAAGGGGAGUUCAGGAUCUCCAGGGGACAGUGGAUCUCCUGGGAAGCCAGGCAAACCAGGGACCCCAGGCCUGAAAGGUGAAAAGGGUGAUCCAUGUGAAGUUUGCCCCAUUAUUACUGAUGAAAAUCAAAUCGGCAUCCCUGGGCACCCAGGAGCCAAGGGGGAACCUGGACCACCUGGAAAACCGGGCAAAUCAGACAAACCUGGGCUUCCAGGAGUUAAAGGCAACAGGGGGGACCCUGGGAUUAAUGGCAUUAAAGGAGAAAAGGGUGAAUCAUGUUUGUCAUGCAUCGCCCUCAUGUCUCAAUUGCAAAAUAGGUCUGAAGGAAGCAAUUCAUUUGGACUUCCUGGGCUUCCCGGCACACCUGGCCCUCCUGGAAUGGCUGGAUUCAAAGGAGAAAAGGGAGAUGCUGGACCUUUUGGACCUAUGGGCAAACCUGGAAUCCAGGGAAAUAAAGGGGACACUGGAGGUCCAGGAGUCAAAGGCGAGAAGGGAGAAUCGUGCAUGUCCUGCUCUUCUCUGGAAGGUGGACCGGUUACAGUGAGUGUUCCUGGACCCCAGGGUGAAAAGGGUGAACCGGGUCUCCCUGGGUUCGGACUUCCCGGGAAACAAGGAAUAGCUGGAGAAUCUGGACUAAAAGGGCAGAAGGGUGAUGCAGGAAAUCCAGGUGAUCCGGGCAUACCUGGUGAAGCAGGUUUACAUGGCCUUUCUGGUGAGCCUGGCAUCAGAGGACCAGCAGGGGUGAAAGGUGAAAAGGGAGCUGCUUGUGAGUCAUGUCCCAUGAUCAACCCAGAAUAUGGAGCAAUUGGUAUCCCAGGCACACCUGGUCAAAAAGGGGAUCCUGGUCUCCCAGGUGUGGGUCAGCCAGGCAAACCCGGGAAACCAGGACUUCCAGGUAUCCAGGGGCCUCCUGGCCUGAAGGGGUUGCAGGGGGAACCAGGUACCUCUGGCAUAGGAAUCCAAGGGCCAGAAGGAGAACCUGGGCAGAAAGGUUUACCAGGAAAUCCAGGGCCUCCAGGACCUCGUGGUCCAGUAGGAAAUGCUGGAAUAAAAGGUGCAAAGGGCUCAUCAGGUGUUAAAGGUGCCAUUGGUUCUCCUGGGCUUCCAGGUCCAUCCAUUCCAGGCCCACAGGGUCCAGAAGGCCAACGGGGCCUCCCCGGAGUUCCUGGUUCCAAUGGUUUAAUGGGUGAAAAAGGUGCCAAAGGCGAGAAGGGAGAUUCUGGUGAAUGCACCUGCCAGCCUGGCCCUCGGAUGGACACAAACCAUGGACUUCCGGGCGCUCCGGGACUGUGGAUCGGGAACCCCUGGCAGCCUCAGCCGGGCCCUCAGGGACCUCCAGGUGCUCCAGGACCUCCAGGCCCACCGGGAGCCCCUGGAAUUCAGGGCAUCCCAGGAAUUAAUGGCUCGCCGGGACUACUUGGGCCAUCAAAGGAAACGGAUCCACAAUCAGCAGAGGCCCCUCGUAUACAACAGGAACAUAUAUGUGGAGACUGCAGCUCCCAAAGCUCUAAUGGGAUAAAAGGAGAAAAGGGAGAUCAGGGACAACCUGGAGCUCCAGGAAUAGAUAAUUGUGCACAGUGCCACCCACCUGAUUUCCCUGCAGAACAGCCCCAGCCUGAUAACAAUGAUCCCAAUUGUGCUGGAGGACAUCCUGGAAGUCCUGGCUAUCCUGGACAGAGGGGUGAGCAGGGUCCACCAGGCUCACGAGGUUCUCCAGGCCCUCCUGGACCAACUGGCCCCCCAGGUUUUCCGGGAAUGACUGGCCCACCUGGAUUACCUGGACUCCAGGGUGAACGUGGGACAGCUGGAUUCCCUGGAUCCAAGGGAGAACCAGGUCCUCCAGGUCAGCCUGGAUAUCCUGGAUCAGUAGGACCCCCUGGACUCCCUGGUGCCAAAGGGGAACGAGGCUAUGUUGGACCCUCAGGCGAGAAAGGAGAAUCGGGACCCCCUGGCAUAGAUGGACCUAUAGGACCCAUAGGACCCUCGGGUCCCAGAGGGGAACGGGGAUUGCCAGGCAACUCAGGAGAAAAAGGAGACCAGGGUUUUCAAGGCCAGCCCGGUUUUCCAGGGGCACCGGGUCCUCCAGGUUUUCCAGGAAAAGCAGGACCUCCUGGACCUCAAGGACCCCCAGCUGAAAAGGGCAGUGAAGGGAUGCGUGGGGCUCCUGGCAUGGCUGGUUCCCCCGGACCUCCAGGACAACCUGGACUACAAGGUCCACCUGGCCUGGAGGGACAAGAUGGAAAAGAUGGAAAACCAGGGUCCCGGGGUGACUCAGGACCUCCAGGACCUCCAGGAAUGAUGGGACCACCAGGAUUCAAAGGGAAAACGGGUCAUCCUGGCCUGCCAGGACAGAAGGGUGAUUGUGGGAAACCAGGACCUCCUGGAAAUUCGGGCCGGACUGGAGCUGAGGGAGAGCCAGGUCCCGUGGGACCUCAAGGUAGACCAGGCCCUCCUGGACAUGUCGGUCCACCUGGAAGCCCUGGCCAGCCUGGUCCUUCAGGGCUUGCUGGAGUUGGUCAGAAGGGUGAACGGGGAUCCACUGGAGAAAGAGGUCUCAGUGGGCUCCCAGGCCAGCCAGGAACACCGGGUCAUCCAGGUCCACCGGGUGAGCCAGGCUUGGAUGGACUGGGAGGCAAAGAGGGAUCUCCUGGAAAACCAGGUUCUCCUGGUCCUUCUGGACAGAAAGGGGACCAUGGCACUCCAGGACAGAUGGGUCACCCUGGAGAGAAAGGCAGAGCAGGGAUGCCAGGAGGCCCAGGAAAAAGUGGUGAAAUGGGCCCCAUGGGACCACGUGGGACCCCCGGGGAAAGAGGACAUCCUGGCUCACCUGGCCCUGCUGGGAACCCUGGGAACCCAGGAUUGCCGGGGACGACGGGAGAUGCCAUCAGCUAUGACCAGAUCAGGAUGUUCAUCAGAGAGGAGUUCCAAAAAAUGUUUGAUGAACGGAUUCAGUACUACGCUUCCCGACUGUCCACGCCACACUUGGAAGUCCUUUCCCAGCCAGGGAGACCAGGAUCACCUGGGAAAGAUGGAACGCCAGGACGGCCAGGUCCUCCUGGUUCUCCAGGAUUGCCUGGACAAAUUGGAAGGGAAGGCCGGCAAGGUGUGCCCGGCAUGAGAGGUGAGCCGGGAAUCAAAGGAGAAAAAGGAGACAAAGGGACUGGAAUCAUGGGGGAGACUGGAGCACCAGGCCCUCCAGGCAUGCAGGGGCCUCCAGGUUAUGGGAAAAUGGGUCUUCCAGGGCCUAUGGGGCAGCAAGGUAUUCCAGGCAUCCCGGGGCCACCAGGAAUCACAGGCCCUCCUGGGAAAGUCGGUCACUGCAAUCCUUCAGACUGUUUUGGCAUGAUGCCCAUGGAACAGCCCAUGUACCAGCCCAAAAACAUGAAGGGGCCUAUGGGCUAAAGCAUCUUCUCCUUUCCCUCCCCACAAAGGACUCCAUUUGGAAUAGCCAAAGAUCAAGUCUUCCAUCAUGACUAGCUGUGAUGAUGCUUUUAUUGUUGUUAAUAUUUUGACUAUAUUUUUCUCCAGUGGAGUUCAACUUCUUAUCAUGAUGGCAUUUUGUUUUUUUUUUUAAAAAGAACUACCAGGAUAUCUGUGUCUGUCUGUGUGUGAGAGAGAGAGAGAGAGGGAGAAAAGAUUUCUGUGUGUGAAUGUCUCCAUAUUCUGACUGAUUUUUACCCAUGGUCAGCAAAAAUGUAUUCAAGACAAAACUUCAGUUUUCCUCGGCUGAUGAGAAGAUCCCGCUCAUUAGAUGUUAUUAUUUCCACAAUGUAGACAGAAUCUGUUGAAAAAUUUAAGAAAAUAUGCAAAGGGGAGAUGACAAAAGGGGAAUGCUGUGGUUUAAUUUCAACUUUGAUUGGAUUUUCCCUUUUAGCAUGAGUUACAAUGGAUAUCUGGAAGGCAAGAGAUAAACAAUUCUAAAAUGCAAUUGAUAGAACAAAAAUUGCCUCCGUAUGGAAUCACACCAGCACAGUCAUCGCAAAUCAAGAAGUUGUCACCUAUCACAUCUAGAAAGCACACUUCGAGAAAGGCUGACCUACCUAGUAUUUACACACCUCUUCUUGGAGCAAAUUGCACAAAUAAAUCCAGCAGAAUUUACUUCUAGUAGAUAUACGUGAAACUGUGCAGGGAAAAAGUGUGACUUCAUAGCUCAGACAUUUCCCCCCUUAAUUGAAAUGAAAAAGUGGAAACAAAAAUUAAAGUAUUAAAAGUUCUGUUGUGUCUUUGGAGGGGAGGGAAUUGAAAGAACUUCUGAAACUUAAAACAAGUUGUGUGGUAUUUAGAAUGUAUGAAUGGGAAUAUCAUCUUACGGUGUAAUUACUUUUCCAGAUGUCCAACAUUCUGUUUUCUUCCUGUUGUACGAAAUGUGUGGGACCAUGUACCUUCUGGAAUUAAUUAAUUUUUCUUGAAUGUUCCUGGUUUUGUUUGUUUUUUUCCCCUUGUUUUUAUAUCAAAUAUAUUGAGUUUCAUCCAAA